CUGCAGAGGUGUGGGGUCUGAUCUGGCACGUCGAUAAGCCGCGGAUGUGGCCGUUCUCGACCCUGAUCUUUGCUGUGGGGUUUCGCAGGGGAUUCAAGCGGCGCCACGUCCAAAUGAGCUGCUAUAAGACCCGCCAGAUCGCCUGGGGGCUGUACGCGGGAAAGCUGAGCCAAGACAGUGAAGACAAUCGCCGGGGGUACGAGGCCAUGGUGUUGCACUGCCGCAGGUGGGUGGAGCACGCCGUGGACAACCUUGGUGUGCCGUACGACGACGAGGCCGAGCAGCGGCGGCAGAGGCAUGGGCAGCAGCGGCGGCAGAGGCAUGGGCAGCAGCUGCGAGGCAUGGGCAGCAGCAGCGGCAGAGGCAUGGGCAGCAGCAACGACAGGCAUGGGCAGCAGCAGCGGCAGAGGCAUGGGCAGCAGCAGCAUGAGAGUCAUGGGCAGCAGCAGCAUGAGAGUCAUGGGCAGCAGCAGCAUGAGAGUCAUGGGCAGCAGCAGCAUGAGAGUCAUGGGCAGCAGCAGCAUGAGAGUCAUGGGCAGCAGCAGCAUGAGACAGCAGCAUGAGAGUAAUGGGCAGCAUGAUAGUCAUGGGCAGCAGUAGCAUGGGGGAGCAGAAGGGGCUAUGGCAAGGGAUAAAGGGAGGAUGAAUGGAGGCACGGAAUGGCCCAGGGAUGGAAGCACAUGCAUGAGGAUUGGACAAGUGCUGGAGUGAGGAGCAUACUAAGGGAUGAUGGGUGGAAGCAGAUGGUAGUGGCAGAUGCAUGGGAAAAGGGGCGCAGCAGAGGCAUGGGUAGAGGGGAGCCUGAAAAAUCAUGGGAAGAGGAGCAGGGAAAACAAGGGAGGACGGGAGCAGGAGGGGCAGAAGGAUGUAGCAAAUGUGAGGGAUGGAUAAUGUGGCAUGUGUAGAGACGCCAGGAGGCAGCUAGGGCGGCAGGAGGUGCUAGGGCAGCAUGAGGCAGCUAGGGCAGCAUGAGGCAGUUGGGGCAGCAUGAGACAGCUAGGGCAGCAUGAGGCAGCUAGGUCAGCUUGAGACAGCUAGCAAG